AUGUCGUUGCUUGGACAACUCCCAGCUCCAAUUCAAAAGGGUUCAGAUGACUAUGGAACUGCUUUAAACUUGAACGUGGGUUCAAGAGUCCUCGUUGCAAAAUCAACCAUCCCACCGUACGGACAUCGAAAAAACUGGGUACCACGCAAUCAGGAGGAUUUUUUAGAUGGAGGGGCGUUCCCAGAAAUACAUGUCCCUCAAUAUCCUCUUGGGAUGGGGCAGGAGAAAAGUGUAUCGAAUGCCUUGGUUAUCAAGACUGAUAAAGAUGGAAGAAUCAGAUAUGAUGAACUUGUUCGUCAAGGACACAGCAAAGACAGGAUCAUCUAUUCGAAGUUUUCAGACUUACUACCUAAACCGAUUGAUGAUGACGACCCAGAAUUCGACAAACCAAGUCAAGAGACUAUCGAAGAGACAACGGAAAAAACACGUAGAGCUCUAGAAUCAUUAGUGGAAAUGAAGGUUGCUGCCGCGGCACCUGUACGCCGAGCUGAAAAAACAAAUCCUGCUGAAUAUAUACGUUAUACACCAUCACAACAAGGUGCUGCCUUCAAUAGUGGAGCUAAACAACGCCUCGUCAGAAUGGUGGAAAUGCAGAAAGAUCCUAUGGAACCUCCUAAGUUUAAAAUUAACCAAAAGAUCCCUCGCGGGCCCCCUUCUCCCCCACCACCUCUGAUGCAUUCUCCGGCACGGAAAGUUACAGUAAAAGAACAACAAGACUGGAAAAUCCCCCCGUGUAUUUCAAAUUGGAAGAAUCCCAGGGGAUAUACCAUUCCGCUAGACAAACGGGUUGCUGCAGAUGGCCGUGGUCUUCAAACUGUUCAUAUUAAUGAGAACUUUGCAAAACUAGCAGAAGCACUUUAUACGGCCGACAGAAAGGCUCGUGAGGCUGUAGAAAUGAGAGCGCAAAUUGAAAGAAAAGUUGCUCAGAAAGAAAAGGAACGAAAAGAGGAGCAACUUCAAAGAAUCGCUCAGCAGGCUCGCGAAUCUCGAGCGGGUCUUCGUCGUCCUGGCGCAAUUGAAGGUGGAGACAAUGAUCCGGGACUACUUGACCGAGAAGAAUUAAGGCGUGAUCGUGCACGAGACCGUGCUAGAGAAAGAAAUUUAGCUCGUUCUAACAAUGAAGCCAAGGCUAAGAUUGAAAAGGACAAAGAGCGAGACAUCAGCGAACAAAUUGCACUUGGACUUCCGAAUCCACGAUUUAACUCAACAAGCGAGAGCUUAUUCGAUCAAAGACUUUUCAAUCAAUCUAAAGGUUUAGACUCGGGUUUUGAAGGAGGUGCGGAUGAUUUGUACAACAUUUAUGAUAAGCCAUGGAGAGGUGAUUCUGAAUUAGUAACCCAUAUAUACCGCCCACGCCAAAAGGAUACUGAUGCAUAUGGGACAGACCUUGAUGCACUUAAGAAGACUAAACGCUUUGUUCCUGAUCGUGAAUUUUCUGGAACCGAUCAUUCACGUCGUUUGGAUGGUCCAGUUCAAUUUGAGCGAGACGAGGAAGAUCCCUUCAAUCUUAGUAAAUUCUUAUCCAAAGUCAAAAAGGCCGAAAAACGCCCAGGUGAAGGUACCUCAGGAACAGAUAUCAGUAAUCGUGACACUACUCAUCGUAAAAGAGAUCGGAAGGAUUAA